AUUGCCCAAAUCUCACAUCUGAAGGUUAAAGUCUGUCUGUCUCCAUCACACCGCACUUCAAUCCAGUGGUACUUGCGUAUCAGUCUCCUUCUUCUCGCUCAUAAUUUGUAGAAAUAUUAACACAAUAUCAUGUCGAUAUUUGGUGAAGUCCCGCAAGCUGCUCCUGUCGCAGUGUUUAAACUGACAGCAGAUUUCCGUGAAGAUCAGAAUCCCAGCAAGGUGAAUCUGGGAGUCGGAGCCUACAGGACAGAUGAAGGUCAGCCUUGGGUUCUGCCCGUGGUGAGAAAAGUGGAGAAGAUGAUCGCUGAUGACCAUAGUUUGAACCACGAGUACCUGCCCAUUCUAGGCCUGCCAGAGUUUCGUUCAAGCUCAUCUAAGAUCGCUUUGGGUGAAGACAGUCCUGCCAUCAAGGACAAUCGGGUAGGAGCUGUGCAGUGUUUAGGUGGCACUGGUGCUCUGAAGAUCGGAGCCGAGUUUCUUCGCCGUUGGUAUAAUGGAACUGACAACACAAAAACUCCAGUUUAUGUGUCGGCACCCACAUGGGAGAACCACAAUGCUGUUUUCUCUAACGCUGGAUUUGAGGACAUCCGUCCAUACAAAUACUGGGAUGCAGGGAAGCGUGGACUUGAUUUGGAAGGUUUUCUGGGUGACCUAGAGAGCGCACCUGAUCACUCCAUCUUUGUGCUGCAUGCCUGCGCUCACAACCCCACCGGCACAGAUCCCACCCAGGACCAAUGGAAGCAGAUCGCUGAUGUCAUGAAGCGAAAGAGUCUGUUUGCCUUCUUUGAUUCAGCCUAUCAGGGUUUUGCCUCAGGAAAUUUAGAUAAGGACGCCUGGGCUGUCCGCUAUUUUGUGUCACAAGGUUUUGAAUUGUUCUGUGCCCAGUCGUUUUCAAAGAACUUCGGUCUGUACAAUGAGAGAGUGGGGAACCUGACUGUUGUAGCCAAAGACCAAGACAAUUUGAACCGUGUAUUGUCUCAAAUGGAGAAGAUCGUUCGAAUCACCUGGUCCAACCCUCCGUCCCAGGGUGCACGUCUGGUUGCCAUCACACUCAACACCCCUGAACUCUUUGCUGAAUGGAAGGACAAUGUGAAGACCAUGGCAGACAGAGUCCUGCUCAUGCGUGCUCAGCUGAAGGAAAAACUCAAAGCACUCGGAACUCCAGGAACCUGGGAGCACAUCACUGAACAGAUCGGCAUGUUCAGCUUCACCGGACUCAACCCUAAGCAGGUGGAGUACCUGGUGAAAGAAAAGCACAUUUAUCUAAUGGCGAGCGGUCGCAUCAACAUGUGUGGCCUCACCACCAAGAACAUCGACUAUGUGGCCGAGUCCAUUCAUGAGGCUGUCACUACAGUCCAAUAAGCACCUUUACCACACUUCCUGUUUGUGUGUGUGUGUCCACAGGAACAUAGACACGCACGCACACACACACACACACUAAUACACACCUUCACUCACCAGCUUUGCUGGUCUAAUUUGCUGAUCAGCAUUUCAACAUUCUAUUUUAACUGUAAUUAUAAAGAAAUGAAACGGUCCCAGAAGAUAUAUAAAUAAUUAUAUAUAUAUAUUUCCCUUCGCCUUUCUCCUGUGUUUUCAGAAGAGAGUAUGUUGAAAUAUUAUCCGUGGUGUUCAUUUAAAUCUUGUUUCUAUGAAUAAGCACUUUGUGGUGGGAUUUACAGUCAACCAAAUGGCUCUCUCUGGAUUUCAUUAACCUGAAGGUCCAGCUUCACUGAUUUUAUGAUUCUUCAUGGUCUUAGGUUAAAUUUAAACCGGUUAAUGUGACUGGAUCAGAGUUAUAGGCAACCUUUGUGUUAGUGGGUGGAACAGGUAGAAACUAGCCUUUAUUAACUUGUUGAAUUUUAUCAUCGUGUCUGAAAAUUUCACUGUAUUGAGUGCUGAACUGAAGGACAAUGUGCAUGUUUUAUGAUCUAUGUGUCUGUAUUCUUAAAACAUGCACACAGAGACGACUCUAGAACUUGAAUGAUGGGGGCAUUAGAUUGUGUUUAACUGUCAAUUCCUGAUGCUCUUACCUCAAAUUAAAUGGCUUGUGGUCUGUGAAGAGGUGCAUUCUGGGAUAUUGGAUCUCUGGCAGCUGAAAGAGAGUGAAUUAUACAGAAAAGUGAUAUGUGGGUUGAAUAUCAUCUUUGAUGUUCUGGAAAUUCUGGGUUGUGAAGAGCCCAGGCGUUGUUUUGCACUUUUUUUUUUCUGAUGUCUUUUUAAUGUGCUGAUUCUGGUCCAUCACUUUCACUGCUGUGUUCUUGUGUUGUGUUCAGGCUCAUUUGUGCACUGCAGGACCGUUUAAUGAAUGUGCAGCCAUUAGUCCAAGUACAUUACUCUCCCACCCAGCUUAGUCGCAAAAGAUCAAACCUCUAGGAGUAUUAAAACUCGUUGAGCACAAAUAUACUAAUCAAAGUGCAUUAAAAUAAAUGAAGUAAACAAA